AUGGCUUUUAACCCCGAGAAACUGCACGCGCAAGAAAUGGCAUCCCCCCACCUCGCCAAAGAAGAUAGGGAAGUGUCGCUGGAGCUUAUCAAGCGCGACAAACCCAAUUGGCAGAAACACCAAAUGCCAGAGGAGACUGACAAUUGGGAUGGGAUGUAUCAUGAUCUCCGCGACCAGGCUCAAAAAGAUCUCGAGGCCGAUGUGCAAAGGAUGAAGACGGCGAUGGACGGCAUCAACGCCAAACGUGCACUUCUCACUCCCAAGAUCAUCCCAGACAGUGAGAGCAAGCACAUGGCCGGUGCUCAACGUACCUGGAGACAACUCAGAGUUAACUUCCUCCGAAGACGGGACGCUGCCAAAUACAUACAUGGCCCUUUAAAGAAUAGAUGGAUCUUCAAGUCGACAAAGAACAGUUCCGCACUCACAAUGCCGACCAAAUCCCUGCACAAUCGUGCAUCGCAGAUCGAGAGUGCACCUAUUGCCCUAGUUGAGGAGCAUCGACGCCCCGUCCCGCCUUCGACACCAGCGCCACACCCAAAGGCUCCAGCUCCAUCGACGUCGCAAGCUCCCCCUCAGUGCAUCACCAGGCACCCCGGUAUGCUGCCAUCUUCACUCCAGCACCCUAUGCUAGCGCAGACCGGGGCUACCCCCCGCCCCAUCCGUAAGAUAACAAUCGGUGCACGUCGCGCGUCAUCUGGUGCCGGCAGCUCGACCAAUGUCUCCGCUACCAAGAAGCCGGUCACUGCAUCUGCCAAGCCGGGAUUUAAGGGCGACGCUGACCCCCACCAACUUCCCCCGCGCCUACCGUCAAGCCCUCGUCUUCUACUCACCCCGCCCCGACCGCAAAGGCCUCAGCUUCUACUCACCUCGCCCAUUCCCCUUCCCCACGUCCGCUGA